GAGCACUAGGAGGUGCGGGCGCGCGCGGCUCCGGCUCGGGACGCCUCGGGCUCGGGCUCCGGCGGCGGCGGCUGCAGCGGACCCCGCGCUCCAGUGCGCUCGGCCUCCUGGGCCCGCCGCGGAGCGCAGUCGGCGCGCCAGCCCGCUCCUUCCCCCGAGCCCGCAGCGAUGGGAGCUGCGCGGGGAGCCCCAAGCCGCCCCCGCCGGCUGCCUCUGCUCAGCGUCCUGCUGCUGCCGCUGCUGGGUGGUGCCCAGGCAGCCAUUGUCUUCAUCAAGGAGCCGUCCUCCCAGGAUGCACUGCAGGGGCGCCGGGCACUGCUCCGCUGUGAAGUCGAGGCCCCGGGCCCAGUACACGUGUACUGGCUGUUGGAUGGGGCCCCUGUCCAGGACACCGAGCGGCGUUUCGCCCAGGGCAGCAGCCUGAGCUUCGCAGCUGUGGACCGGCUGCAGGACUCAGGAGUCUUCCAGUGCGUGGCUCGGGAUGACGCCACUGGAGAGGAAGCCCGCAGUGCCAAUGCCUCCUUCAACAUCAAAUGGAUUGAGACUGGUCCUGUGGUCCUGAAGCAUCCAGCCUCAGAAGCCGAGAUCCAGCCACAGACCCAGGUCACGCUGCGUUGUCACAUUGAUGGGCACCCUCGGCCCACCUACCAGUGGUUCCGAGAUGGGAACCCCCUCUCCGAUGGUCAGAGCAACCACACAGUCAGCAGCAAGGAGCGGAACCUGAUGCUCCGGCCAGCCAGCCCUGAGCAUAGUGGCCUCUACUCCUGCUGCGCCCACAAUGCCUUUGGCCAGGCCUGCAGCAGCCAGAACUUCACUCUGAGCAUUGCUGAUGAGAGCUUUGCCAGGGUGGUCCAGGCGCCCCAGGACGUGGUAGUGGCGAGGAAUGAGGAGGCCAUGUUCCACUGUCAGUUCUCAGCCCAGCCACCCCCGAGCCUGCAGUGGGUCUUUGAAGAUGAGACUCCCAUCACUAAUCGCAGCCGUCCCCCCCACCUCCGCAGAGCCACGGUGUUUGCCAACGGGUCCCUGCUGCUGACCCAGGUCCGGCCACGCAAUGCAGGGCUCUACCGCUGCAUUGGCCAGGGGCAGAGGGGCCCUCCCAUCGUCCUGGAGGCCACGCUUCAUCUGGCAGAGAUUGAAGACAUGCCACCAUUUGAGCCACGGGUGUUCACAGCUGGCAGCGAGGAGCGUGUGGCCUGCCUGCCCCCCCAGGGUCUGCCGGAGCCCAGUGUGUGGUGGGAGCACGCAGGUGUCCGGCUACCCGCCCACGGCAGAGUCUACCAGAAGGGCCAUGAGCUGGUGUUUGCCAGGACUGCCGAGAGCGAUGCUGGUGUCUAUACCUGCCACGCAGCCAACCUGGCUGGUCAACGGCGACAGGAGGUCAACAUCACCGUGGCCACUGUGCCCACGUGGCUGAAGAAGCCCCAAGACAGCCAGCUGGAGGAGGGCAAGCCAGGCUAUUUGCAUUGCCUGACCCAGGCCACACCCAAACCCACAGUCAUCUGGUACAGAAACCAGAUGCUCAUCUCGGAGGACUCGCGGUUCGAGGUCUCCAAGAAUGGGACCUUGCGCAUCAACAGCGUGGAGGUGUACGAUGGAACGUGGUACCGCUGCGUGAGCAGCACCCCAGCUGGCAGCAUCGAGGCCCAAGCCCGCGUCCAAGUGCUGGAGAAGCUCAAGUUCACACCACCGCCCCGGCCGCAGCAGUGCAUGGAGUUUGACAAGGAGGCCACAGUGCCCUGCUCAGCCACAGGACGAGAGAAGCCCACUAUUAAGUGGAUACGGGCAGAUGGGAGCAGCCUCCCAGAGUGGGUGACAGACAACGCCGGGAACUUGCACUUCUCCAGGGUAACCCGUGAUGAUGCCGGCAACUACACUUGCAUCGCCUCCAAUGGUCUGCAGGGCCAGAUCCGCGCCCACGUCCAGCUCACUGUGGCAGUGUUCAUCACCUUCAAAGUGGAGCCAGAGCGCACGACUGUGUACCAGGGCCACACAGCCUUGCUGCGGUGUGAGGCCCAGGGGGACCCCAAGCCACUCAUUCAGUGGAAGGGCAAAGACCGCAUCCUGGACCCUACCAAGCUAGGACCCAGGAUGCACAUCUUCCAGAACGGCUCCCUGGUGAUCCAUGAUGUGGCCCCUGAGGACUCGGGCCGCUACACCUGCAUCGCGGGCAACAGCUGCAACAUCAAGCACACAGAGGCCCCCCUCUACGUUGUGGACAAGCCUGUGCUGGAGGAGUCCGAGGGCCCAGGCAGCCCUCCUCCCUACAAGAUGAUCCAGACCAUCGGGCUGUCCGUGGGCGCCGCCGUGGCCUACAUCAUCGCUGUGCUGGGCCUCAUGUUCUACUGCAAGAAGCGCUGCAAAGCCAAGCGGCUUCAGAAGCAGCCUGAGGGCGAGGAGCCAGAGAUGGAGUGCCUCAAUGGUGGGCCUUUGCAGAAUGGGCAGCCCUCAGCAGAGAUCCAGGAGGAGGUGGCCUUGACCAGCUUGGGCUCUGGCUCCGCAGCCGCCAACAAGCGCCAUAGCACGAGUGAUAAGAUGCACUUCCCACGGGCCAGCCUGCAGCCCAUCACCACACUGGGGAAAAGUGAGUUUGGGGAGGUGUUCCUGGCGAAGGCACAGGGCUUGGAGGAGGGGGUGGCGGAGACCCUGGUGCUUGUGAAGAGCCUGCAGAGCCGGGACGAGCAGCAGCAGCUGGACUUCCGGAGGGAGUUCGAGAUGUUUGGGAAGCUGAACCACGCCAACGUGGUGCGGCUCCUGGGGCUGUGCCGGGAAGCAGAGCCCCACUACAUGGUGCUGGAGUAUGUGGACCUGGGAGACCUCAAACAGUUCCUGAGGAUUUGCAAGAGCAAGGAUGAAAAAUUGAAGUCACAGCCCCUCAGCACUAAGCAGAAGGUGGCCCUGUGCACCCAGGUGGCCUUGGGCAUGGAGCACCUAUCCAACAACCGCUUUGUGCACAAGGACCUGGCUGCUCGCAACUGCCUGGUCAGCGCUCAGAGACAGGUGAAGGUGUCGGCCCUGGGGCUCAGCAAGGACGUGUACAACAGUGAGUACUACCACUUCCGCCAGGCCUGGGUGCCCCUGCGCUGGAUGUCCCCCGAGGCCAUCCUGGAGAGCGACUUCUCCACCAAGUCUGAUGUCUGGGCCUUCGGUGUGCUGAUGUGGGAAGUGUUCACUCACGGAGAGAUGCCUCACGGUGGGCAGGCAGACGACGAAGUGCUGGCAGACUUGCAGGCUGGGAAGGCCAGACUCCCGCAGCCUGAGGGCUGCCCUUCCAAGCUCUACCGGCUGAUGCAGCGGUGCUGGGCCCUCAGCCCCAAAGACCGACCUUCCUUCAGCGAGAUCGCCAACACCCUGGGAGACAGCCCCGCUGACAACAAGCCGUGAGGAGGGAGCCCAGGCAGGCUGUGCCUCAGGAUGGCGUGGGCAGGGGAGGACAUCCUGAGGGGCGCCCACAGCAUGUUGGGCAAGAUCCUGGUGUUCCCUGGCCCUAGGGGCCCUGCCCUGGCACCAUGGGCACUGCUGAGGUCUGGGCAGGCCUGGGCUUCCCUCCUCUUCCUCACCCUCAGCCCUUGGGGAGGCUGACUCGGACCCAGACUGGGUGACUCGGGCCUUGGGCCGGGCAGCUUUCUCUGCCACCCCUUCUCCCGUCAGGGACAGUGUGGGUGCCUCAGGUAACCCCAAUUUCUGGCCUGGGUCUGCUCCCCUUGACCAGGUCCAGUUCUGCCACUCACCUGUCUACUCUAUCCAGGGAUGGCUACGCUGGAGCUGAGCUGGGUUUGAGGGCAGUUCCUUAAUAUACUCAAGUUCCUGGGUAGUUCUGGCCCACAGGGCCCACCUUGGGGUGUGCACCAGGAUCUUGGAGGACACUGCCAGUGAGUCCUCCCUCCAUGGACUUGUGCUGACCUGGACCCGUGCCUCCUCUCCACCCUUCUCUCCUUUCCUCAUCCUAAGUGCCUGGCAGAUGAAGGAGUAUUCAGGAGCUUUUGACACUAUAUAACCCGCCCUUUUUGUAUGCACCAUGGGCGGCUUUUGUAUGUAAUUGCAGCGUGGGGUGGGAGGGUAUGGGAGGGAGGGGUGAGCCCUGGAGGCGCUGGGGAGGGUGGGCCAUCCCUGCCUCGCACCUUUAUUGUUGUUGUUGUUUGUUUGUUUUGUUUUUUUUUUUUUACACUCGCUGCUCUCAAUAAAGAAGCCUUUUUUACAACCUGC